UGCACAAAUACAGUCUAAUAUAUCCAGCCAUGAAGUGACUACCUCUGACAAUAAUUCAUCUAGUAUAAAUGAUGCAAUUCACUCUGAAGUUUCACCAGAUAAAUCAGCAGAGAUGGCAUGA